AUGAUCAGCAGCUCGGCAGCUAUAAGAACCGGCUCCUCCGCCGCCGCCCUGCUCCGCCAGACCAACACUGCCAACCUCGCACUCCUCACCGGCGCCGCCAUCCCUUCCUCGUCUUCCUCCCGUGCCACCGACCUUAUCCCUCGGACUCUGACCGCCUCGACCCGCCGCUUCUCCCUCUCGACCGCCCGCAAGAUGCCCGCGCACCACGUCGACGCCGCCGCUUUCGGCGAGCAGCACAUCACAAAGGGCAUCGGCAGGCUCUCGAAGCACAUCUUCGAAGACGGCAAGGGCACCCUCAUCACCACCGACGCCGGCGUCAAGCUGCUCGACAUGACGUCGGGCAUCGGUGUCUGCAACCUCGGCCACUGCCACCCAAAGGUCACCGAGGCAGCUCAGAAGCAGUGCGCCAAGAUCACACACGCUCAGGUCAACAUCGGCUUCAGCGCCGCCCAGCUCGAGCUCAUCAAGGAGCUCCUGCCCAUCAUGCCCCACCCUUCCCUCGACACCUUCUUCUUCUGGAACUCGGGCGCCGAGGCCGUCGAGGCGAGCGUCAAGCUGGCCCGCGCAGCAACCAAGAAGCAGAACAUCAUCGUCAUGCAGGGCUCGUACCACGGAAGGACCGCCGCCACAGCAGCCAUGACUCGCAGCAAGACCAUCUACGGCGAGGGACACGGUCCGCUGAUGCCCGGCGUCUUCGCCACCGCCUUCCCCUACUACGCCCAGUUCGGACUGCCGGCCGACACGCCCACUUCGGAGCUGGUCCGUCAGUCGCUCCACCAGCUCCGCCUCACGCUGCAGCAGCAGACGGCACCCAGCGACACGGCAGCUGUCAUCAUCGAGCCAGUCAUUGGAGAGGGCGGCUACGUGCCAGCCCCGCCAGAGUUCCUCCACGGCCUGCGCGAGAUCUGCGACGAGCACGGCCUGCUGCUCAUCUGCGACGAGGUGCAGAGCGGCUUCGGCAGGACGGGCACCAUGUUUGCAGUCGAGGAGAGCGGCGUCCGCCCCGACAUUCUCAUCUACGCAAAGGGCAUCGCCAACGGCUUCCCCCUCAGCGGCAUCGUCAGCACGCACGAGCUCAUGUCGAGGCAGAAGCCCGGCAGCAUGGGCGGCACCUAUGCCGGCAACGCCGUGUCGUGUGCGGCUGCGACGGCCGUGUGCCAGGUGUUCAAGGAGGAAAAGGUGCUCGACAACGUCGCGGCGCGCUCCAAGCAGCUCGUCGACUUCCUCCAGGACCUUCGCAAGACGCCGUCUGGACGGCUCAUCGAGGACGUGCGCGGACGCGGGCUCAUGAUCGGCGUCCAGUUCAGCGGAACGCCGACGAGCAGCGUCUCGUCCAACGUGCCGGCGGCCGCCAAGGUGCAGAUCUCGGGCAAGGUGGUGGCCGAGUGCCUCAAGCGUAACAUGCUGCUGCUCAGCACCAGCGUGUUUGACGUGCUGCGGUUCAUUCCGCCGCUCACCAUCUCCGAGGCCGAGAUGGCGCAGGCGUGCAGCAUCUUCAAGGAGGCGCUCGACGAGGUCGCCAAGCAAGUCGGCGCGGUCUGA